AUGUCUAGUUUAUUUUCAUCAACAGAUUGUUCUGCUGAUGCCGCUUUUUCUAAAUUGCCGUUCGGGGAGGAGGUUAGUAAAUCUAUCCCGUUAGGACCAGAGUCAAACAAGUACAACAGUUCCAAUUACUCACAAACUUACAGAAACAGAGCAUACUCUGAGAAGUUGAUUGAUUCGAUUCAUCCUGAUUUAAACACUCAUGCAAAGUUGUUCAACCAUGCUGCGAAGGUUUAUGCCAAUCGCCCAUGUUUAGGAGCUAGACCAUAUGACUACUUGAAGAAAAAGCUGUCUAACCAUUACGAAUACUUGACUUAUGCAGAAACUAAUACAAAAAAAAAGCAUAUUGGCGCGGGAAUCAUCAAGUCACUUAACGAUAAUCAAUAUCUCAACUUGGAAUUGGAAUCUCAUCGAAAAGUUACCAAUCAUUUGAAAGACUGGAAUAAAUACGGUGCCCCCAACUAUCUCCGUGAUAAUAAAGAUCACAUAAUUGAAAAGAGUUGCUCGUUUGUCUUGUCCAUCUUUGCUGUCAACAGGUUGGAAUGGUUGUUGACUGAUUUGGCGUGCUCUGCCUACUCCAUAACAAAUACUGCAUUGUACGACACCUUGGGGCCCGAUGUUUCACAAUACAUUUUGAAUCUUACCGAAAGUCCGAUUGUUGUUUGCACAAUUGACAAAGUGAAGUCACUCCUCGAAUUGAAAAAGAAUUACUCAAAGGAGACAAAGGCGUUAAUUUCUAUUGUCGUUAUGGAUCCUAUAAGAUAUAUUGACCCUAGAUUGUGUCAAUUGGCAAGUGAGUUGAAGGUUGAAAUCACCGAUUUGCAAGCAAUUGAAUCCCUAGGCAAGGCUAAUCCAAUUGAGGAAUUACCACCAACACCAGAUGCUAUCUUCACCAUAUCUUUUACGUCGGGUACUACUGGCUCGAAGCCAAAAGGUGCCAUGAUUCCUCAUAGAAGCGCCUCCUCAUACAUUACAUUUAUAGCCUGCUAUGAACCACAAGCUAAGCUCGGUGAUAUUGCUUACAUUUUUCUCCCAUUGACACACUUGUUAGAGAGAGAAACCAGUGCUUUUGCUUUCUCUGCUGGAUACGCUUUGGGAUUUCCUCAAACAACAGUUGGACAGACUGGUCUCAACACUUUCUCCAUUAUGGUUGAUGACUUGCGGGUUUUAAAACCAACAUACAUGUCUAUUGUUCCAAGAUUGUUGACCAGGUUGGAAAGCUUAAUCAAAGAGAAAGUUAAGGAACUCAAAUCAGAUGAGCAACACAAAGUCAACCAAAUCAUUCAGUAUAAGCUCCGUGAACAAGCCAAGUUUGAUGGAUCAGCAGCUUACGACGCCACAUUUGAUUCCUAUCCACCCUACGAAAAUUUGCGUAAACUCAUUGGAUAUGAUAGGUUGAAAUGGGUUCAGACUGCUUCAGCUCCAGUUGCUGCAACUACAUUAGCCUACCUCAAAGCAAGUUUGAACAUGGGUGUUCGUCAAAUGUAUGGAUUAACAGAAUCUGGUGCAGCAAUAACUUGUACGGGUGCAUAUGAUGCUCAAGCAGGAACUUGUGGAUCUAUUGCUCCGACUGCGGAAUAUCGAUUACGCAGUGUGAGAGAUAUGGGAUAUGACAUUGACAAGUUGCAAGGUGAAGUGAUGUUACGAGGAAAACAAAUGUUUAAAGGCUACUAUUACAAUCAGGAGGAGACUGACAAGUGUAUCAAUGAACACGGGUGGUUUCAUUCAGGAGAUAUUGCCACUGUUGACGAAAAUGGAAGAAUCACAAUCAUUGAUCGUGUCAAGAAUUUCUUCAAAAUGGCUCAAGGGGAGUACAUUUCUCCUGAAAAAAUUGAGAAUCGAUACUUGUCAUCUAACACCAUCAUCAACCAGUUAUACGUUCAUGGAAAUUCUUUGAAAUCUUACUUGAUUGGUAUAGCAGGUAUUGAUUAUGAACAAGGAUUGAAGUUCCUCAAUGAAGAAUUUGGUAUCAACAAAAUUGGCUUGAGUGAGGAGGAAAUGUUGUCCCACUUGAACAAAAUUGAGGUGAAAACAAGAUUAUUAACGAAGUUAAACGACAAUGUUCGUAACCAAUUGAACGGGUUUGAGUUAUUACACAAUAUCCAUAUUGAAAUAAAUCCAUUAACAGUGGAAAGAGAUGUGAUUACACCAACAUUUAAAUUGAGAAGACCCAUUGCUCAAAAGUUUUUUGCCAAUGCGAUCCACAAGUUGUACGAGGUUGAACAGAGUUUGUUCACAGGAGUCAAGUUGGGAAUUGCCAAGUUGUAG